AUGCAAAUAUAUGCUGGGAAGUUAUUCGACCCGUAUACUCUCCAGUUGCUUGAGAACCAAGUCAUUACCGUGUCUCCAGAGUCCGGGCUCGUACUGGAUGUCCAGCCCUUCUCAAUUACUAACACAAAUGAUUUAUCUGGUCCGCAAUGCAUCGACCUCCGACACGCGACCGUCCUUCCGGGCUUCGUCGAUGCGCAUGUUCAUUUCUUUCUACAUCCUUACUCAGAGGUGAGCUGGGAGGAUCAGGUCACAAAGGAAAGCCUGGUCGAACGUACUGUGCGCGCAACAAUCCAUGCCAGACGUACUCUCAUGGCUGGCUAUACAUCAGUCCGUGAUCUGGGCACCGAAGGUGCCGGAGACGCAGAUUUUCAUCUGCGUAAAUGCAUGUCAGGAUCGAAUGCAAUGAUUCCAGGGCCGCGUUAUUUCUGUGCCAACCGUGCGAUUGUCCCUACUGGCAGCUAUGCAGGGCCAAAGAGUACAAUACACUUGAACCAAGAGGGUAUUGAAGGUAUCACCGGUGCUGAAGUCGCCGAUGGUGAAGUGGAGUGCAUAAAAGCAGUCCGAAGACAGAUCGGUGCAGGUGCCGACUGGAUCAAGUGGACCAUUACAGACUACCGCUUCCGUUCACGCAUGGUGGACGUGUCACCUGCUGUGUCGAAAGCUGCCAUCACGACAUUCAACGAGAAAGAGCUUCAUGCGAUCGUAUCUACCGCAAUCAACCUUGGUGUAAAGGUGGCCGCGCAUUCUGCCCAUUGGCAUGCACGAGGUCACAACCGCAUCGCCAGUGGGCCUGGAGUUCACUCCGUCGAACAUGGCCAAUUUAUGGUCUUUGACAAUGAAACGUCCAAACAUUUGGAAUCUCGGUUCCCCGACGAUGCAAAUAAGUUCAACACGAUCUGGGUACCGACGCUUGCGGCAUAUUAUACGAUAGGCCAAGGGCAGGGCGAGAUAUGGGAAUCUGCUUUGCGCGCCUUCCGCACCGCACUGGAGAGGGGAGUUGAGAACAUUGCAUGCGGCGGCGACACGGGCGUCUUCGCGCAUGGCGAUAAUGCGCUCGAGAUGAAACUCAUGGCGCGCGCGGGUGCAGAUUGGCGCAAGGUCCUCAAGUGGGGCACGCUUGGCGGGUGGACCUGCGUACGUAGCAUGGCAUGGGAAGGAAAGGAGGGAGAAGAACGACUCGCGAGGGUGGAAGAACUGCAUGAAGAUGCUAGAUUGGUAGGGGACAACGAGGUUCCUUUCGGUGCAGUCAGGCGUGGCUUCGGGGCGGACAUCAUCGCGACGAGCGGUGAUCUAGAAAACGAUUUUGAGAGCGCGAUCGACAAGUCGGCUAUCGAGUUCGUCAUGAAAGGCGGAAGGGUACACAAGAUGGGAGGGAAGGAACUUGUAUGA